AUCCUUUUAAUUGUUUCUUGCUUCGUCGUGUCUCUCCAUCUUCCGGCGCCGAAUACUAGCCUUCCCCAGACUCAAACAUCAAUAUGACGGAAACCACGAUAACAACGACAGAGGCUCCUGUGACCAAAUCCGCCGUGCUGGUCGCGUGGACGUUCCUGGUCGCCCAUCCAAUCCUCCUCCCCUUCAUUGCCCUUUUCGGGCUGCUGGUUGCACGACCACUCUACAAACGGUAUGCCUCGCCGCUUCGACAAUUCCCAGGCCCAUACAUCGCAUCUUGCUCGAGGGUAUGGAAGAUGUGGAGUGUAUGGACGGGCAAGAACGAACAACACCAUAUCGCAAUCCACAAGAAAUACGGACCAGUCGUUCGCACUGGUCCCAACGAGGUUUCCUUUUCACAGCCCGAGGCCGCUCUCGAGUUGUUCAAGACUGGAAAAGGGUUCCACAAGACCGACUUCUAUGGCGUUUUCCCACCGCCUGAGAAUCCAGAUAUCUUCACUGAGACUCGAGAGUCUGUCCAUGGCGUCAAGAAGCGAUACGCCGCUACACCGUACAGUUUGGCAACCAUGCAACAAUCUGUGGAGCGGAUCGAAGAAACUGAGCAGCUCUUGGUCAGCAGGCUAGAUGACUUCGCUACCCCCAACAAAGUCUGUGAUCUUGGAGAUUACCUCCAUUUCUUUGCAUUCGAUGUCCUAGGAGAGGUCGCCUUCUCCAAGAAGUUCGGCUUCUUAGAGGCUGGUGUCGAUGUCGAUGGCGCCAUCAAAACCAUUGACGACUCGCAAUGGUACAAUGGCCUGAUCGGCCAGGUUCCGUGGCUUGACCACCUUUUCCGACGCAAUCCGCUUUGGCAAUACAUUCCUUUCCUUGCAACGAAGAACGCCCUGAUCACUAAGACUGCUCUGGGCCAACUCGAAAAGCGCACCAACCCACAUGAGAAGGAAGUCGAGUACAAGGACCUUUUGAACAGCUUGAUUGAGGCUCAGAAGCAACAUCCUGAAGCACUCGGCAAGGGCGAUGUUUUUGCGAUUGCCCACGGUGCCAUUUUCGCCGGCAGUGACAGCACAGCAAGCACGAUGCAGAGCUUCUGCUGGCAGGUUCUAUCAAACAAGCGCGUUCACGACAAGCUGAUGCAGGAAAUUUUGUCGGCCAAUCUGUCGGAGAUGGUCACUUACAAUGAAGCCCAAACUCUUCCCUACUUCCAGGCGUGCUUGAAGGAGGCAAUGAGGAUAAACCCGGCCGUGGGGCUGAACAUCACAAGGAAGGUCCCGCCCGGGGGAGUCGAACUUGGUGGUGUCAAGCUGCCCGGUGGCACGGAAGUGGCUGUGAACGGAUGGGUUUUGCACCGUGAUACGAGCAUUUUCGGCGAUGAUGCCGAGGUCUACAGACCUGAACGGUGGAUCGAAGGUGACAAGGAGAAAAUCAAGAUGAUGGAGAGAUGCAUGUUCCAGUUCGGUGGCGGCUCGCACGUUUGCAUCGGUCGACAUCUUGCUCUGCUCGAGAUGAACAAAGUCCUGCCUCAGCUUUUGCGGCGGUACGAAAUCCAGCUUGUCAAUCCUGGAAAGCCUUUGGAGCAUCACUCGAGUUUCUUUGUCGUUCAAUGGGGACUAUUGGUUUACCUCAAAUUGAGGGGAAAGGCUUAAAGCAAUUUUAUUUUCUGGCGUUUGGUCCCCAAUAGGUGGACGUGCAAAGUGUUGCGCCGACGGGAUGUCGAGGUUUUACGAAACUCCCCAAGGAAGGCCGUUGGCAAGUGCUCCUAGUGACUGGGUAUACGAGGCUGUGUUCAUAUAUGCCACAGCCACAAAGCCUGAGCAGUGGCUGGAAGAAGCGCCGUGUGAGGAGGU